CCGCGCAGGCACAGCCUAGCACAAAUCAAACCCCAAGCCCGAGGCCAUCCAUCCAUCCCUGCGCAGAGCUCGAUCCGCACAGUGCGAGGCUUGAGAUUUUUCCAGGUCUCGGCGAUUCGGGGGAAGAUGGCGCCGUCGUUCCUCGCGAUGAAGACGGGCGCGGCGUCCGGCGCGUCGGAGGCGGCGCAGGCGCUGCUCGAGUCGGACCUGCGGGAGCUGGGCAUGGCCGCGCGGAAGCUCGCCAACCACGCCAUCGUCCUCGGCGGCGGCCUCGGCUUCGGCCGCCACUUCCUCAAGUGGCUCGCCUUCAUCGCCGCCGUGUACCUCUUGGUAUUGGACCGGACAAACUGGAAGACCAACAUGCUGACGGGACUCUUGGUCCCUUACAUUUUCUUCACCCUGCCCGGCGUGCUUUUCUCUCUGAUAAGGGGAGAGGUUGGUGCCUGGAUUGCGUUCAUUGUGGUCAUCCUGCGGCUCUUCUUCCCACGUCACUUCCCUGACUGGCUAGAGCUGCCUGGCUCUCUGAUUCUUCUUACGGUGGUCGCCCCCAGCCUCUUCGCGGACCACUUCAGGAACGACCUCGUCGGCGUCUUCAUAUGCCUCGCCAUCGGGUGCUACCUGCUUCAAGAGCACAUCAGGGUGUCAGGAGGCUUCAGGGAGGCCUUCAGGAAGGCCAAUGGCGUAUCCAACACCAUCGGCAUCGUCCUGCUCUUCGUCUACCCAGUCUGGGUCCUGGUGCUGUGGUUCCUGUAGGACAUCUACUGCUAUCAGUGUGGCCAUUGAUUGGUUUGUGCAGUUCUGUUCGAUGUUUGGGGAUUCAUCGUGUAGACCUUUUCGAUGGUGAUUCGGUAUCUGGAGUCGAUGAACUCUGCGCGCUUGUACCUUCUGAUGGACAUGUUUCGAUUUGUUGUAGUUUUGGUAUCAGGUCUUUGUUUCCUUGAUCCGUGUGUACAGGACCAUCAAUAAAAACAUCAUCAUUGUUGAUUUGCGAA